UGKCAUGAUUCGCAAGGUUCACGGGACGACCCACCCACAUCUUUCUAACUUUAACAUUUAAAACAACAAAAUUUUAAAAAUAUGUGGACCCCACAGCACGAGAAGUGCUUGCUCUCCAAAUCUUAUGCUAUGCCACUAAAAUGCCACGGCCUUACAAUCCUACAUAAAGAAUUCGAAUUCUAUUGAAAUAGGAGAGGAGAGGGGACGCGUUGGGUUCCUAAAAAAUUAUUUCAAAUGGCGAGUUGGGAAAAUCUAUCACAAGAAUUGAUGAUCAAGAUUCUGUCGCAGCUCCCGCCGGAAUGUGUUGCUCGACUCAAAUGUGUUUCCAAAUACAUGUAUGUCCUAAUUAACGACCCUAAUUUUGCGGAUUAUCUGCAACACCGAAACCUUCUUGUGAAGCGUACAAUAGCAAACGAGGAGUCCGGGGAGAACGAAACUAUGCUCAGCUUCCUCAAAUUUCCCCUCCCAUCUGCCGUUGUGGACAUGGAUUUUCCAUUACCUGAGGUUUUUGAGUUUUGUGGACUUAGCGGCUAUUCUCACGGCUUAAUUUGCCUCUCUCUUAGCCCCAACGAUAUUUUCCUCUGUAAUCCAGCAACCGGAGAGCUUCGCGAGCUGCCACCGUCAAUUCUCUUGACCAAACCCUCUGAUGAUCCCUUCGACCGAACCGGUACAAGCAUGGAUGCCGUUGGAUUCGGGUACGAUCAGAAAUCUAGGGAUUUCAAGGCUGUUAGGGUUGUGGAAGUUCGUGAAGAAUAUGCAUAUCCAUAUUACAAAACAGAAGUGUACGAUUUGGCGAAAGAUGGUUGGAGAGAAAUCGAAAGUCGUGCUUGUGGGAGUGUAUUUUGGGCGCCUUCGUUCGAGAUGUAUCACGAAGGAAGGUUUUACUGGAGGGCAAUAGAGGAUGGAGGGAGUGAAAUCAUCCAGUGGUUCGACAUGAGCGAGGAGGUUUUCGGCAGGAUUCCGAUGCCGGAGUGUUUCGCGUGGGGGAGCGCCGAGCACAGAAGUCUUGUUGUUUGGACGGGACAGAUUGUGCUGUUUUAUUACGAUCCUAAUAAGGUUGAAACAACCUUCCAAAUUUGGGCGAUGGGGAAGGACAAUUCAUGGUCCAAGGUAUUCACAAUCGGCCCUAUUUCAGGAAUCGAGAGGCCAUUGGUGUUUGUAAGCUCUCAAGAACUUGUAAUGGAAGCUAAGGACGGGCAGCUCAUUUUAUACAAUCUCAAUACCCAAUGCUUUCUACAGCUUCCAGUAAAAGGACUCCCCGAAAAGUUUCAAGCUACAGUUUUUGUCAAGACUUUACUGCCAGUCAACUCAAAUAACUUCAAGUUGUAACAGUAGACUAAGUUUUUACUUCCACUAGGCUUACUAGUUAAUAUGUUUUGAUAUUACGCUGCCUUAUUUCAAAUUUUC